AUGGUACCAUGUCACGGCCAUCGUCAUUGCCGGAUGGGCUUCUUCACAGAUGCUUAUGAUCUUUUCUGUAUCUCCACUGUCUCCAAGCUCUUGGGUCGCCUUUAUUACUAUGACCCUCACUCCCUCAAGCCCGGGAAGCUCCCUCAGCAAGUUAACAACUGUGUUGUUGGUGUUGCCCUAGUCGGAACCCUAACCGGUCAGCUCGUCUUUGGCUGGCUUGGGGACAAGCUAGGCCGGAAAAAAAUCUACGGUGUCACCCUCAUUCUCAUGGUCAUCUGUGCCAUUUGCUCCGGCCUAUCUUUUGGCACCUCGCCUAAAUCUGUCAUUGCAACCCUAUGUUUCUUCAGGUUUUGGCUAGGGUUUGGCAUUGGAGGAGAUUAUCCACUCUCCGCCACCAUCAUGUCGGAGUACGCUAACAAGAAGACUCGUGGGAAGUUCAUCGCCGCCGUCUUUGCCAUGCAAGGGAUGGGUAUCAUCUUCGCCGGACUAGUGUCCAUGAGUCUUUCCAGGAUAUUCCUCAGGUAUUACGAAGGUCCGACGUUCCGUGAGGAUCGUAUUCUCUCAACCGAGCCGGCGGGGGACUACAUGUGGCGGAUUGUGUUGAUGCUCGGAGCUCUUCCAGCGCUUCUGACAUACUACUGGAGGAUGAAGAUGCCAGAAACCGGUCGUUACACUGCUCUUAUAGAAGGAAAUGCCAAACAAGCCGCUAUCGAUAUGGGUAGGGUUCUGAAAAUUGAUAUCCAGGCUGACGGUGAGAAGUUGAGUCAGUUUAAGGCCUCUAAUGACUACACACUAUUCUCCUCGGAAUUCAACCGUCGACAUGGACUUCACUUAAUAGGUAUUGUCAUGUAACUUAGUUAUAGGGUAUGCUUGAUUUAAUUUUUAAAAAACACUUCUCGAAAAACAAAAAAAAAAAAAAAUGAAAAAAAAAAGAUAAUUAUAAGAAAACAGUUCUCUCAUAUUAAGCCUGUUUUUUAGUUAAGUUUUCAGAAAAUAAUUUUAAAAAACGUGUAAAAACAGGUUUUUGUAAGAUUUUAGA